GAAAAGAGGAAAGCGUUUGGCGUGACGGCUCUACCUAGUAAAGGCUGAAGCUUCAUCUCCUCUAGCAGUCAGUCGGAUCUGGGAUCGGCUUACAAUUAACAAGUCUCAGAUCUCUCUUCUCAGCUUCCCCUUCUCCACUUCAAACUAAACUCCUCUCUCUUUUCUUUCCCUCCAUUUCUGCAACUCAUUCUUCCGUUUCUACUUCCUUCUCUUUCCCCCUUUCUCUCUCUAUCUCUUUCUGUUUCUCUCUCUAAAGUUCUUCCAAAAUGGGAUUCAAGACUGAUAUGAGAAGUGAAAUUUCCAAAUUUUAACUCUAAUUUAUAGUUGAAGCUUUGGAACCAAUAGAUAUCUCUACUCUGUCUCAUGAAUUUCCAGGAACAGUGAGUGGGAAAACUCGAGCUGGGAAUGUGAUGGAUUGGAGUGUUAACACUGCUUAUAAGACCUUAAAAGAUAUGGAACCAAAAUCCCUUGCCGUCGUGGAAGCUACAAGUACAAUCCUUCCAAACGUAGAACGUAUAGAUGUGGGACUUGGAACUUCAGAGAAAGGGAAUGCUACUCCUAUAACAAAACCAAGGAAAAAGACCAUGACAUCAGUGUAUCUCAAGUACUUUGAGACAGCUCCAGAUGGGAAAACUAGGAGAUGUAAAUUUUGUGGACAAAGUUAUUCAAUUGCAACCGCCACUGGCAACUUGGGAAGACAUCUCAGCAAUCGCCAUCCAGGAUAUGAUAUAACAGUGAAUGUUGCCACUCCUGCUCCACAACCGGUCACUAUUCCCAAGAAGCUUCAACUUCAACCUCAACCUCAACCUCAAGCCAAAAUACCUCAGUUGGAGCUUGAUCAUUUAAACUGGUUGCUCGUCAAGUGGCUUAUUCUCUCAUCUCUUCCUCCUUCUACAUUGGACGAACAUUGGCUUUUGAACUCAUUUAAAUUUCUCAGCCCGACAAUAAAAAUUUGGCCGGGGGACAAGUUCCAAACAAUACUUUGUGAAGUUUUUAGAAGCAUGCAGGAAGAUGUAAGGGUGAUAGUGGACCGUGUUUCUUCCAAGGUCUCUAUAACUCUUGAUUUCUGGACAUCUUACGAGCAACUCCUCUAUAUGAGUAUUACUUGCCAGUGGAUUGAUGAAAAUUGGUCUUUUCAGAGGAUGCUCCUUGAUGUUUGUCACAUAUCUUCUCCUUGUGGGGCUGCUGAAAUUGCUCAUGCUCUACUGAAGGUCCUUAAACUGUAUAAUAUUGACAACCGAGUCCUUUGUUGCACCCAUGAUAAUAGCCCAAUUGCAUUGCAUGCAUGCCAUACACUCAAAGAAGACAUGGACAACCAGAAAAUGAGUUCCUUUUACUAUCUUCCAUGCGCUGCUCAUACUCUAAAUUCAAUCAUAAAUGAUGGACUAAGAUCUACGAAGUCGAUAAUCUCCAAAAUAAGGGAGUUUGUCUUAAAGAUGAAUACAUCCUUGGAGAUUUCUCAGGAUUUUCUCCAAUGUUGCAAUGCUUAUCAAGAAGGCAAUUGGAAAUUCCCUCUUGAUGCCUCGCCUCGUUGGAGUGGCAAUUAUCAGAUGUUAGACAUUGCGCGGAAGGCAAGUAAAUCAAUGGAAGCUAUUGUCCGGAAGUAUGAUGAACUAGGCAGUAUGCUCCUGAGCACCGCGGAGAAGAAUGCUGUGAAUAUAAUGCAUGUAUAUUUGGAACCGUUUUAUAAAACCAUCAAUGACAUAUGCACAAACAAAGUACUAACAGUUGGUUUGGUUCUUUUCUUCAUGGAUCAUAUUUCUGAAAUGAUCGCUGCUUGUAGAGACUCUCGACACAGCCCUGACUGGCUCAAGAGUGCUGCUGAAGAAAUGGCUACAAAAGUCCGAAGCUAUAACGACCAGGUUUGCAGUCUCUUCACAUAUAUGACUGCAAUACUUGAUCCAAGAAUAAAGGUUGAGCUCCUUCCUGAAAAUCUCAACUCCGAAAAUUACUUGGAAGAAGCCAGAAGCUAUUUCAUAAGAAAUUAUUCCAGCAGCCAAUUUUCUGCUAUCACCAGUUCUUACGCUGCACAGGAGCUAGAAGAUGGAGGGAGUGUUUCGUUUGCAGAGGAAAUUGCCCGUAAGAAACGUAGGUCAAGUAUGUCCUCUGCCACAGAUGAGCUCACCCAAUAUUUAUCAGAGCCUCCCGCUCCAAUAGCAACAAAUGUCUUGGAAUGGUGGAAGGUGAACAACACGCGCUACCCACGUCUAUCGAUGAUGGCUCGGGACUUUCUGGCUGUACAGCCAACUGCAUUGGCGCCUGAAGAUCUAUUCUGUAGCAAAGGUGAUGAGAUAGAUAAGCAGAGGUUCUCAACACCCUAUGAGAGCACCCAAGCUUCGCAUUGUGUAAAGUCAUGGUUGCUAGGCGGAUUUAAGUUGAAGUAUAAAUCAACUGAAGUUGAUUAUGAGAGGUUAAUGGAAUUGGCAACCGCUACAGCAGCUGAAAAUACUACAACAUGUUCCGACAAGAAACAGAAAUCAUGAUAGGUUUUAAAUUGAUGAAACUGAAGGACCAAAUUGAGGCCAUAGAAUGGCUGAUAAACUUUCAAUCAGAGGUCCAUCUUCUAUUCUCUGUAAUAUGUAGAUCUAUGAUUUGUUAGUGUACAGAUUUGAAUAGGGAGAAGCCUAACCCAAGACAAUGAAUUCAUGUUCUUAGGAAUUGUACUGCCUAUGUUUCAACAUAACAUUUUUUUCUUCAAGUACAAUGUAGUGGUUAUCAAAUUUUGCUAACUGAUAGGUUGAAUUAGCAGCUA